AUGGACUCGCCUAAUAAUGUUCUCUUUACAUCGCAUACACCUAAACGUCUCGUUGUUGCUUUGGUUACAGCCGAUGCGUAUAACGGUGCUGUUAACAAGACACCUUUCAAUUUUAAGCCAUUCAAUCUCAAGAAUAUUUAUCUGACAAUGAACAACCGUAUAAUUCCGACGAGACCAUACAAUUUGGAUUGGGAGUCGUCUUAUGCUACAGCUUACGUUGAUAUGCUAGAAGGACUUGGAAUUGCCCACUCGGAUACGUCUAAUGGAAUUACCCCGGAAAUGUAUAAGAAUGGAUUCGCCUUUUUUGUGUUUGAUAUCUCACCUACUGUACACUCUAGCGACUUGUUUGAUGUAAUAAGACAGGGAAAUGUUGCUCUAAAACUAGAGUUCAGCCAACGUGUACAUAACGAUGGAAUUUAUGUUAUUGUUUAUGCUGAAUAUGAUUCUAUACUAUCUAUUGAUCAAAACCGCACCCCAUAUCUUGAUACUAGUUUGUAA